AUGAAAGAUUGUUUCGCUAAAGAAUUGGCAGCACAACAAGGCAAAUCUGGACAAGCUGCUCCUUCAAAGAAAAAUAAAUAUAUUCAUUUCGAUUCAAUGCUUUUCCUAAUUCCUUCCAUGCAGAAACGAGAAACGAGCGGUAAUCUAUCAUCGCCUAAUUCUACUCAGGAUGCAAAUACAUCAUCGGAUUUUUCUACUCAGGGUAUAACAUUGUCUACUACAGCUCAGAAUUCACAACUAACUAAUAACAAUAGAACACCACUGCGAAAGAAGAACUGUUCUCGAGACAACAACAAUUAA